AGAAAGAGGUGGCAACUUUGCCUUUAAAGAAAAAGAGAGAGAAUCCGCCGCGCAACACGGAGCAGCCGAUCAGAAGGGGAUCCCUUUAACACACACACGCGCGCGCCGGGCAGGGACGACGAGCGCAAAGAGCACGUACACUCGUGUGCACACACACACACGCGCGCGCACACACACACACGCUCGCAGACACGUCGCCGUCAAAACACACGUGUGCGCUUCGCCACUGAGUGCGCGGAGGACGCGGCGCGUGCCGGUCGGCUGUCGGACUGCGUUCUUCCGACACUUGUUCGCUCGGACUCCGGAGGGGGGGGGUUGGGCAGAGAAGGAGACGAGGAAGAGGAAGAUGAAGGGAUGAUCUGAUGAGGAGGGAGGCGAUCAGACAGAAAACGUGGCAAGGCGUAGCUACUAGCAGCGGUGGCCAUCCGAUCGCGCGCCCCUCUCUCUCUCUCUCUCUCUCUCUCUCUCUCUCUCUUUCUGCCGCGCGCGCUCAGAUUGAUUGACUCAUCGAUCGGAUGAUUGAUUGGCUCAUUGAUUGGCUCGCUGGCCGCCUGAGAUGGUGAAAAGAGAGCAGUGACUCAGAGAGCGGGCAGCACAUGUCUAGACGAGGCUGCGCAGCGGGACAAGUCGGCGGUGCGGAAUAAGCGAGGCGAGGCGAGGCGCGCGCUCGGCGAUCCGAUCGUGUGUGUGGAUGGUGGGCGACGGGCUGAGCUCCGCUACACACACCGCGCAGUGUGAGAGAGAGCCCAGCACAGCCCAGCACGGUCCAGCAGAGCGCAGAGGCGUCCCCGAUCGCUCCGCAGGCUCCGCAGGCUCCGGGUCCGAGUCCGAGUCCGAGUCCGAGUCCGGUUUCGCCCUCGCGACAGCGAGCGAAGAACCGCGCGCGGAAAACACACGACACCCAUACGACACUCUUCCUCCUCCUCCUCUUCUUUCUUUCUUCCUUCUUUUUUUUAAAGCUACCUUUCUCUUUCGCGUUUCGUGCGUUCAUGUGUGUGUGUUCGUGUGCACACACACACGCGCACGAACCGAACUCGACCCGAAGCAAACUCCUCCUCCCGCCCUCCACCGUCCUUUCUCUCUCUCUCCUCUUCUCCCUCCCCCGCCCGCCGCCCCCCCUCCCCGGUCCCCCUAUGCUCAGUUCGGUGUGUGUCUCCUCUUUCAAAGGGCGCAAGGGUGGGAACAAGUCGUCCAACAAAGCAUGUUACAGCGCAGACAUGACUUGUCCGUCGGAAAGCGAGAAAAUCGUGAUAAACUGCGGGGGGGUGCGGCACGAGACGUACCGCAGCACCCUCAAGACGCUGCCCGGCACCCGGCUCUCGUGGCUCACGGAGCCCGACGCCUAUAGCAACUUCGACUACGACCCCAAAUCGGACGAGUUCUUCUUCGAUCGGCACCCGUCGGUCUUCUCCUUCAUCCUCAACUACUACCGCACGGGGAAGCUGCACUGUCCCAACGACGUGUGUGGUCCGCUCUUCGAGGAGGAGCUCGCCUUCUGGGGCAUCGAUGAGACGGACGUGGAGGCGUGUUGCUGGAUGAACUACCGGCAGCACCGGGACGCCGAGGAGGCGCUGGACAGCUUCGAAACUCCGGAGCCGGACCCCCCCGACGACGACGCCGCGCUCACCGGGGGCGCGGAUGGAGACCUCAAGAGACUGUGCAUGCAGGAGGACGGCCGGAAGGUGGGCUGGUGGCGCGUGUGGCAACCCAAAAUCUGGGCGCUUUUCGAAGACCCCUACUCGUCCAAAUACGCGCGGUAUGUGGCUUUUGGCUCCCUCUUCUUUAUCCUCAUCUCCAUUUCCACCUUCUGCCUGGAGACCCAUGAGGCCUUCAACACCAUCUAUAAUAAGACCGAAAAUUUCACCGUGGGCAAUAUCACACGGGAAGAGAUUGUCUUCGAGGUCAUCACCGACAGCUGGCUCACCUACGUUGAGGGUGUGUGUGUCAUCUGGUUCACCAUUGAGGUCCUGCUGCGAGUGACCUUCUGCCCAGACAAGGCCGAGUUCUUCAAGAGCACCCUCAACAUCAUCGACUUUGUGGCCAUCCUGCCCUUCUACUUGGAAGUGGGGCUGAGCGGCCUGUCUUCCAAGGCAGCCAAAGACGUGCUGGGCUUUCUACGGGUAGUACGUUUCGUCCGGAUCCUAAGAAUCUUCAAGCUGACCCGCCACUUUGUUGGCCUGCGUGUACUGGGCCACACCCUUAGAGCCAGCACCAAUGAGUUCCUCCUCCUCAUCAUCUUCUUGGCCUUGGGGGUCCUGAUCUUUGCCACCAUGAUUUACUAUGCUGAGAGGAUUGGCGCCGAUCCAAGUGACCCCACUGCUAGUGCCCACACUAACUUCAAGAACAUUCCCAUAGGGUUUUGGUGGGCUGUGGUGACCAUGACCACACUGGGCUAUGGGGACAUGUACCCAGUUACAUGGUCAGGGAUGCUGGUGGGAGCACUGUGCGCUUUGGCCGGUGUGUUAACCAUCGCCAUGCCCGUCCCUGUCAUAGUCAACAAUUUCGGGAUGUAUUACUCCUUGGCCAUGGCCAAACAGAAGCUGCCCAAGAAAAAGAAUAAGCAUAUCCCAAGGGCGCCUCAGCCUGGCUCACCCAACUACUGCAAACCUGACGCCCUUGCUAUGGCCACUGCUUCGCCGCAGAGAAUCUUGGGAAAUGUUCUGAGUGGGGUUGUCGGGGCAGGAGGUAUUGGGGGGGACUGUCCGCUGGCACAAGAGGAAAUAAUUGAAAUCAACAGAGACUCAAAGCAGAAUGGAGAUGCUGCCAGCGCAGCCCUGGCCAAUGAGGACUGCCCCACCAUCGACCAGGUGCUGAGCCCCGAGGAGAAGAGCCCAGCAGGCAGCACGGCGGGCCGGGAGCGGUACCAGCACGACCGCGCCUGCUUCCUCCUCAGCACCGGCGAGUUCAGGGCCACAGAUGGGAAUGUGAGGAAAGUGUUGAGUUUCUAAAUACCCUUUUACUCUAAAGAAGAAAACUAUAAUGAAUCACUAAAUUGUGAAUUGCUGGAUGCAACGACAUGAAGACCAUUUUGACUGACACAGUUAGAGAGAGCAGGAUGAGGGGAAGGCAAUCGAAGGAAGCGUCAAGACAAAAGGGGGGGGACAUGAGGUGAGAACUUCACGUUGUAACCAAAGCAAACUUGCGGGACUUCGGCCACUCUGUCUUCAGAUGACUGAGAGAUCGACACAUGAACAAGCAGUCUACUGGCACAGCGACACAGCAACCGACUCCCUAAUGCGCUGCAUCAUCAGCUGGCUGACACUCCCAGCAAGACCAGCAGCUAUGUUGAUUCACCGAGCAACAAAGUGAUGUGUGAGUGUGUGUGAGAGUGUGUGUGAGUGUGUGUGUGCGUGUGCGUGCGCACGCACUAAAUGUGUCAACAGACUGAGGAACCAACAAUGAUCAUGUAGCAUCUCUGCUGACACAUCGUAGCAUUAGUUGGCUGGGAUCUGACUGACUGGUAUCGUUUGGUCACAGAGCGGCUUGUUGAUGCUCAUGUGCAGUCUGGCUGCUUUCCUUCUACUCUUUCCUCCCCUCAGCUGUGUUUGAACGACAGAUAUAGAGACUUUAAAUCCAGUUCUGUUUAAUUUUUUCUAGAAUGUUGGACCGCAAUUUUGCCAUCCUCUAUCAACGCAUACACGCAAAAACCCUACUGUAUUACACAAAAGAGAUAGCAGCGGGAAGGAAGUCGAUACAUUUCCCAGAAUCUCCAGACCCAUGCCAGAGAGUGGUAGGUACAGAAAACCGGUGCUGCAGAAUGGUUCUCUAGAUGUUUCACCUUCUUUUAACUGCAUGUAAACCAACCACAGUGCAUCUGAAGAACAUCUACACAUCUAUCGUUUAAAAUUCAGAGGGAUUCUUCAAAGAAAUUUCCACAAUGAAUUCUGGAAACUCUGAGCACUUUCAGACCGAACCAAGAUGGAAAGGCAUGUGAGGCACCGAUUGCUGUAAAAGAAAAAAAGAAAGACACUUUGUUUUUAUCCAAAGUAAAGUAAAACAAGGUAAAAGGAAUCAAGACUGACAUAAUAUUUUUAAUGGAUUCUAUGCAACUGGGAACCCAUCAGUGCUGUGUAUACCCAUACGUAUGAGCAUGGCAUGCUGCCUCUUUCCCCUUGACCGCUACUCAAAUCUUGUCCAUCGCCAAGCACUUCGGAAUCAGUUCUUUCUGCUCCUUUUGCUCUCACCCCAGACUGCCUUCUUCCCAUUCACUCACUGACUCCCCACAUGUUCAACUUGUCAUCUGUCCACAUUGAGCUACACCUAGAAGCUCGGUGUGCUCUGCUCCAGACUUAAUAAAGAUGCUUCAUUGAGUAAUAAGGCAAAGAGGAAACAGAAAAGCAAAAUAUUUUCUGCUAAAAUCAGCGGCCUCGUGAAUGCCUAUUUACAUGACGUCCUGUAGCAUUUGGGAGAUCUUCACCAAUCUCAAGGAGAGCUAGUGAUCUGAACAAAUGGUCUCACCUGCACCAGUCCAGUUUCAGCUCUUGGACCUCAGAAUAUCUGGAAAGUGAGUCAGCAAACAGCUGAAGUAACUGUGAGCUGGAUUCCACGUCCCUUUUAACCGUGUCAUUCUUAAAUUUCACUUCCCAGUAAUGAGCGAGAGAGGUUGUCAAGGUAACUUAUCUUAGACCAGUACCCGUCUUCCAUUUGCUUUCUUUUAAAGCAAUGCACAACUCCAAUUGGACCUAAACUACUUUUGCAGUCUAUGACCAAUGAAGCCUGAUGCAGCUCAUCACUGUGAAUACGUGCAGCGUUUGGAAGUCAAAUUUAAAAGCAUUUCAGUAACCAUAGUGACAUUUCUGGUGUCAGCCCACCAGUCGCUUGCCCUUCUCUGGUGCUGGAUCUACAACCAUGGAGGAGAAAGGACCUAACUCAUGCAAGACCAAACUGGAGACACAUCCCAGUGACAUGGACAUCAUCAUCAUCAUCACCACCACCAGAAAAGCCCACCACAGAAUUCAGUUUUUCAACCAAACGAGGACUGCCAAUGAACGAAUGCUGAGAACCCUCCAAACUAAAUCUUAUGGAAUAUUUUUUUCUGCAAUUUAGAUGUAUGCAGUCAGAAAUCAAAUGAAAUAUAAAAUAUAUUGUCAUUUCAUCUAAAAUGUUUUUUCGAUUAAAAAUGAAUUUAAAGAAGUUAAUUCAGUAAGCAUGAGAAACAAGCUGAAAAAGUGGCCAAUAAUCAAAUUGCUCUAAUUUCCGUUUCUAGUGGAUGUAACAUCCUUGUACCUUAUUUUAAUACUGUGAAAGAAUUCUGGCUAGCUGCUGGUAGGUAACUGGAACGUGCUGUACCAGUAGUUUCUUAAUCCCCUUAAUGAAAGAUUCUGCAUACUAUAGCUCCUAAAGAUCAUUAGACGGGAACUACAUGCUUUUUCAUUUCACAUUAAUUAAAUGGGAUAUUUAUUCCAUGAAUGAAUAUAGAUAUAAUCACCCCUUGUACGCUGUUGUGGAUGGACGUUCCUCACAACACUUGGAGUAUAUCCUACAUAAUAGCAGUCUUGACAAGGAGAGACCAAGAUUUCUUCUGAGAUGUAGAUCCACUGUUCUUUAGACAGGCAACAUGAGGGAGGCUUCGAAUGAAGAUGCUGUGUAAGAGAUGCGGAAACCCCUCUGCUUGCAUGUGUUCCCAAGGACUGAAGAGCAGACUCACAAUGUCAGACGCACCCGGCACUCUCUUUCCCAUCAUGUGGCCCUGUCUUCCUCUUCCUUCUCAAAGUUAUGCCACAGUUUAAUUUGUCUGAAACCCUGCCCAACAUUGUGAAAUCAAGAAGAGAGAAAAAAAUGUUACACUUUCCAGAAGAACAUAUCAAACAUUUGCAUCAGUUCAGCCAUUUAAAUAAAGAACAAUAAAAGUAUUUGUACCAGAAAUGUCUAUUUUUGUGGAAAGGAAGAGCAGCUGGCAGUGAUCCUGACUGUUGAUAUAACCAGUCUGCCAAUGUUAACAUGAAGUAACUACAAUAGAACCAGUCCAGGUGGAGCAAAAGAAAAUGAACGCAUCCCAACCAUAUCGAUGUAACGGGAAAAAAGUUUUUUGUCUUCAGUCAAAAAAAAAAAAAAAAAAAAAAAAUCUUGGAGGAAAAGGAAUGCUCUAACUGAAAUUAGAAGGAAAUAAAACAGGAUUGUAUUGCCAGAAUAACAGACUAAACACAAAUGAGAGUAACUGGUUAAAUGCUUUGAUAAAGAAAAAAAAAAAAGAGUAAAAAUGCAUUUUUGUUACUUUGUCUACCAGCAUGACUAAUCUGCAUGACUUUACUUCUACAAGAUCUUUUGACAGUGGGAGGGAAAUAAAAAAAAAGAGGAAGAAAAGAAAAUUUAAAAAAAUACAUUAUAUGCAACUAAAAUUGAAAUGAAUAUGUCAAAAAGGGACUAUACUGAAAAAAGCUCUAUAUUUUGUUUCUUAGUAAUAAACAGUACAUGAAUAGGCCCACACACAAAAAGAUAUGUUUUCUGUUUCUUCUACAUUGGUGUUCCAGCUUUUUUUUUCCCAUCACCUUCCAUUCUCCUAUAUCUGGCACCAUAAAGACGUAUCAGUAUUUUAUUGUUGUCAGACUUUUGAACUUAUACUGGAUAAGCAGUUUAACACCAGAUGUAAGACAACUGUAUAUUUCUUGUACAUUGUAUCAGAAAAAUGGAGUAUAUUGCUUUCCCAAGAGCACUUUCUUAACUACAGUAAGAACUUAUGACAUUGUAAUAGUUCUCACGAUGGUGGCAUCGAUGUAGCAUGUAGAUCUACGUCCUUUAUGGCAAUAAAAAUCUUGGGGGACUGAUAGUGUGAUAGUGAGAGUAUUUGGUGUUUUCCAUGGCCAUCAUUAAUGAUGACAGGACCAGGUUCUCCUGAAGUUACUCAUGAAAGUGCUCUUGGAAAGGCAGCCUGGUUUUUUCUCCUCUGUCCUCAAAUGGGGAAAAAAAAAAGUUGCAAUGAAGAUGGUUGUCUACCAAAGGGCUGUCUCUGAUAAUUACAACGUUAGUGCGUCCAAUUAUGCGUCUAAGUGCUUGUUGUUGCUUCUAGAGGCCAUUGCUUGGAGCAAAUGCUUUUAUGAAGCUUGCUUCAUUUGGUUCACUGGUGUAUUUAAUGGACUUGAAUUACAACCACACAAUUCUUUACUGUUCUUGCAAAUCCUUCUCUGUCGUCUGGGAUACGUCAGUGACCAAAGUUUGUUCUUUAUUGGUUAUUACUGUAACUCCUGUUUUUGUAAAGGAAUGAAUUUGGAAUUUGCUGAGGGUGUUCAGGAACUCCAGGACAGGCCUGAAUUUCACUGCUCGUGAUGCACAGCUUGCUCACAUCAGUCACGCAAAUGCACGUGUUCACCGAGAAGCCCUGUUUUAAGUUACGCACAAAGUAUGUCCUUCACGCAAAACAAGCACUUGAGUCAAUUGAUUAUUUCAGACGAAAUCCAUUUGUGGCUGUUAAUUACUUUACUGAGAUUAGAUAAUGUUGUCAAUAAUUCAUAACAUAUUGUUCUUCUUUGUUCUGGCUAUCAGUGCACAUCAGUCCUCUGCAUUAAGUUUAAGAUAAUCAAGUAUAGUAGUAUGUUGUAGCAUAUUUUGUGGUUUUAUUACAGUGCUGUGUUAAGGUCAAGCACAUUUUUUUGUUAAACUUGAAAAGAAAUCCUGAAAAAUGAUGCAAUACAAUUGGGUUUAGGAGUACAGUAGAAGCAACAGAUGCAUUAUGAACUUAAUUCUUACAGUCUUGACAGUUAUACUGGAACUGUUCAAUAACAUACAUAAUGAGGAGUCUGUAUGAUGACCUCAGGGAAUUUGCAUUAACAAGAAAUAUAUAAAUGGUAGUUAUGAGCUUUCUAUGUCUUUAUGUCUUUUGUUGUAUUGUUAAUUUUAAAGGGUUGGCCCAGAGGCACUAACAGAAUGUACACCCUAUGCACACUGUUUAAUGAGCAGUAUAAAGGAAAUGUGUCUUGUUCAUCAUCAAGCUCAGCUGCUGGUGAUGAGUUGUGAAAAUGUCAAGGAGAUUUAGAGAAUCGUGACUUUGCCGAGCUUUGAGCAAAUGUUACCCAGUGCAGAAAUAUCAUUAUCACAGUCUUGCCAUGCGGUAAUGGUGUGAAAGCAAGUCAAACGUUGUACAGAACACUGUGUGCCACAUCACUUGUUAGUCCCUCAGAGAGACGAUGAGAAUUCAGAAGAUCCUGCGUUGUUCUCCAGACACCGCUGGAAAGUCAGCAAGCGCUGUGCUCAAGCGUGGGUAUGAACAGGGUUCCCUGACAGAGGCUCACUGAUCUUUUACCACAUUUGUGUUCCAUCCUUCAAGUUUCAAGCCUCAGGAAACUGCUCUUAACUGGAUGCGGAAGGUCACUGUUUUCUGAGCUUACUUUUUGUUGAAAUACCAUCCCGUAGACCUUUAGAAGAUCUACUGUACAAAUACAGUGUGUCUUCCAGUGUUUUAUCUCCUCCGAUGACCAGGGUCAGCACUGUUUGGGGGGCCACACCCUGAGCUUCUACUGCGGGGGACAACAUUUUGUCAAGAAAGCCACUUAAAUGGACUGCUGGGCUGUCUGUCUUACUUCUGUUCAAAAGUUACAAUAUCUAGACAGAACUAUGGCUGUGAAUGAUUUUUAAUUUCCAUCCACUGUGUUAAAUAAGCAUUCUGGUCACUGGAGGGGAUCCCAUUUAAGUGUAAAGCAAGAAUGUAGUCGUGAUGUAGAUGGGAUGCAGUGGUACCUUACCUUAUGGUAACAUGAGUCCUGUUUUAACGCAAGUCAGAAAAAACAGAAGAGGCGCUCCACUGAGUAUAAUCCAGUAAAGGGCUCAGGUGCUCAGAACCCCCUGGUUUAUGUGAACUGCAGUGAAGGUGGGAGAGCACACACUAGGCUACCGAAACACUUUUUAUUUUCUCCAGGGCAGGCACAUUUAGUAUUAUUUUCAUCAUUGUUUUCAUCUGUAUUAGAUUUGCCGUAAUUCUGUGCUUUUGUCAUUUCUUUGCGUUGACUGUCGUUCAGGCGUCCUGCUGCACAUUUUCAUUUUGCUGUCAACACACUCUAUCUGCAAUAGCGUUUCUAGCCAUCUUUGUGCCACUUCCACUUUUGUGUCAUUGCCAUGUUACGUUGUUGAUCCACUGAUGAUGUAAUUUCUGACUUUGUGACCUCAGAACUGUAUAUAUGUCAUGGUUUUCACAACAUACAGGUACGCUGAGGAAGGCUUCCCGCCAAACCUUGUCCGUCCCGAUAAAUUGCUUUACGAAAAGUAUUUUGUUAAGCUAGUGAGUCUUUCCUUUAGCCCUGUUUUAACAAAAAAUUUCACCCAUUCUUGGGUGUCCAUCAUAGGCAAAAGAGGAGCACGUGCAGAGCGAGUCACUGCAAAAUGGACUGGUGAGACUGCAGUUUCUUUUCGCUUGAAUGGCAACAGGAAUUGCGCGGAGUCACACCUCUGGUUAUUAUUUUCAAGAUUUUGCAUUUGUUCAUGCUGUCAGCCUUGCUGUUUCAACAGUCACGGGGGACUGCCUAUGCGCUAGAAGUUAACUGUCGAACUACCUUGCUCCAGCAUGUAUUAAUACAGAUCUAGAUAAUUUGGAGAAUUCAGCACUGUCUGAAGGUCGUAGUGAGUUAUGUUCCAGGCUUUGGGUCUUGUAUGCUUGGCCAGUUGAGUGUUUGAUGACAAAUGUAGAGUGGGAGACAUCUCCAGUGGCCUGAAAAAUCUCCUACUUUCAGUCUGUCACAGCAGGGAGAAAUCUGAGAUUCCCAAACCUCUUCUCGAGGGAUUGAACUCCCUACAAUAGCGAGGGCCUCUUCCCCAGACUCCUGGUCCCCCGGCUUCACACCAACUAAUACAAGGCAACAGAAGUCCGUCUUUACACUCAUAAUUUAAAUAUUCAGUAAGUCACCGAUCAUCGGGUUGGACAAAACGGAGCCGUUUCCAGUGUUUGAGAUCAUAUAUCAAAAACAUGAAGUUCUCAAUGACACCGCGAUGAUGUGCCGUAUUCAGAUGGAGCACAGUUAUUGUCCAGUGGGUGAAGUGUUAGUUUUUAGAAAGUACCAAAUAGCAGUUUCCAAUGGUUACUCAGUCUCAGUGUGGCAUCCUUACAGAAAGGUUGCUUUCAAAUGCAAAUACAAGAAACAAAACAUUUCUUCUCAAAGCUGAUCAUGGUUUCACUUCUUUGAUUUCCACAGUUAAGUGUUUUCACUGACUGUUUUUGCACUUCUUAUUGAACGUUUAGUUUGUUAAGGCUGUCGCUCUUACUAUCCUUUUCCCUCUAGUAACAGGAAAGAAUGAAGGUGUGCACCAUGCUCCGCUGUGACCGGGGAUAUUAAACAUUGAGUCGUGAAAUAGUGGGACAAAUGCAGAGCGGUUCAGAAAACGGCUGAGCGGCAGGCAGGCACCGUAGAGCAAGCAAAAGCAAAGUAGAGGCCGUGUAAGAGCUCAGCACACCUCCUGUAAGCACGGGGACUCAGAGGGGACAGACACACAUACACAUACAUAUUCACACACUGCUCCAUGAGAACCUCAGGCCUUCACUGCGCUUCGCACCGCAGCCUGAUGGGCCUUUAGUUCUAACACUUGGCACAAGAGGCCCGUUUGUUGUCGCUUGCAGCCGUUUUAUCCACGUGUAUCUGUAAAUAAAUGCAUGCACUGAUAAGGGAUUGUGUCGGUUUAUAGUCCAGCGCGUUUCACGACAAACUUGGCUCGACGUCUGAACGCAACGGAGUAGUACCGCACGGAGGUUUUGCACUGGGUCCGAAAGUCCCCUUUGAACGAAAGACGCAUAAUAUCUGGAAUAUCUUUACUUGAAGUCUCAAACAAACGUGAAAGAGCUGGCGUAGACUUGCGAUGUUUUUUCUCUCUCUUUCUCUCUCUUUCCAUGUGAAAUGUACUCCCAGUUGUUCCUCUGUUCCCACAUUCUCAUGCUCAUGCAGCCUCCUAUUCCCCCCCUUUGCUCUUUCUAAGGAAGCUGUUGUGCAUUGCUUCGUCUUGCAUUUUUCUGUCACUGCUUGAAUUUGAAUUUUAAAGCAUGCAUUAUGAAGAAAUGAUAUUUUUUUAAAAGGAUCGAAUGACAAAACAUUUGCGUAAACAGACGUUGUUCCCUUUUUUGUGGAGAAAUGGGAGUAGUGAGCAAAAUGAUUCUCAAAAAAACAUAUAUGCAUUUAUUCAUAGUUAUUAUUGUGAUUCUGAUUAUUACUGUUGUUGCUGGAAUUAUUGUUAUUGUUGUAAGGCUUAUUAUGACUCUGGUCUUGGAUUAUUUCUUUUUUUUUUUGUUGCAACAUUGUAUUGUAUGUUAUAAGUGUGAUAAUGCACAUACGGUUGCACUUUGAUGCCCUUUGUUUGAAUCAAAAGCUCUGCAAUGACUGAAUUAGUUGAGACAUAUCGGCCGUUAAAGUACACAACACAUAAGCUGCAAACGUACACAAGUCAGCAGUCAGCAGUACGUCUCCAUCAGUGGAGGGUCAUGAAAUUAAUCUAAAGUAUCUUUAGUAGAGAAGAGGACAACAGAAGUUCAACAUUGUCAUCCUGUCUUAGAUGUUAAGUACCAUGUUUUACGUCUGCAGUGUAGCCAGCAUUACUUUAUGAAAUGUAUGUUGAGAAAUAAGUUUGAGGAGCAGCUGAACAGGUCCAGUGAAUGUUGUUCCUUCACAAUAAGUUGGGUCUGCGGUGCUGCUCCGUCCUUUCGUUGCAUUUCGUAGCGUAGUUGUUUCGCCCCCCCCCCGCGUAGCAAGUCUUUCCUCACUGUUCCUCAUGAACACCGUUUGUCUCAGAUCAGCAUCCCCUUAGUAACAAACCUGUGUUGGACCACUGUCAGGCUGGCCUGAUGCGUUAUGUUCCAGUGCUUUUCCUUACUGUACUUACUGUAGUGAAAGGAGACGCGUGUGCACAGUUUAGGCAGGCCAGCCAGAACCUGGUGUGGACCCUGUGGAGGACCUUCCUCUGCUCCUCAGGCCAAACAUUUACAGGUCCAGCACGAGUCCAAUGCCUCUUCCUCCGUCGCACAUCGGAUCUUUUACGUGUUUUUCUGCUCCAGUCAAUACUGAUUAUUUAUCAUUUCAGAUUAAAUGUAAGACACUGAAACAAUUUCAUUUGCUACUUCUGUAUCUCUUCGAUAUUCUUGAUAAUGAUGAAAACAACUGUUAGAGUAACAAUCGUGUUUUGUUUCUUAAAUGUUUUUUUUUUUUUUAAUGGAUUUCAAUAUCAACUUCUUUAUGCAAAAGAACAUAAACAGAAUUGUAAAUAUCUGUUUGUAUGUGCAUGUGUACCAUGCAGCCGCCUAAAUAAGACAAACACAAAAUACACUUUUCUUCAGUAUGACAUACAGACAGACAUUACCACGGUAUACACACGCAGCCAUGUGCAAUGAAAUACAUGCAGAGCUUUCUCUCUCUACUAAAAAAAAAAAAAAAAGAAAAGAAAAAUGAGUG